AUGGCCCAGCUCUCUCCGUCAUCCAAAAAAGUCGACGAAUUUCUCUCGAGCUUAUCACAGAUUUCACAGGAUCGUCUUCGUGAGAACCAGAAACGUCAGCGUGACCUACAACGAGAUAUUGACGAGCUUCGUCGCACAUCUCCACCGAUUCACCAUAACGAACAUGGAAUCACCGAAUUGAAGUUCAACCGCUCUGCCAGAGGCAAUUUCUACGAGAAGUGGAAGGACACACCGCCACAGCUUCCUUCAAGACCCCAUGAUGACGAGUCCCCGCCGUUGCCCAGUCGGCCGAAACCAGAAGCAUACUCUAGUCAUUCAAAUUCUCAACAUUCCAAGCUGGGGAAGCCUGACAAGCCGGAAAAGCCUGAGAAGCUUGAAAGAUUGCGAAGCGAUGAGAACGCUCCAAAUUUGCCCACGAGGCCACAAUCAAUAAACAAUGUUGUGGCUGCAGUGGGAAUCGCAAUGCCUGUCGCUCGAAAGACGGAGAGUGUAACCAAGGCGCUGCUUAAUAUUCCCCAGUAUAGUGCUAGACCCAAGGGUACCAGUGUUUCUGGACCAUUGCGUUCUUUUGGAGAGAUGGAGAAGCAGAUUCAGGCCGGUUCCCGAGUAUUCUCCAAAUCGAAACCUGAUGUUCCUGCGAAACCAGAGAUUAGAUCUGACAAUUCAAAGCCUGAGCUCCCCAAGUCUCAGCUUCUGAACUCUGAGAAUUACCGUCUGGAAUCAUCUACAAGUGAGAACUUUAAAUCAUCUAAGCCUUUGGUGCCAUUGAAACCCAUGAAUAAACCUUUGGUUCCGUUGAAGCCUGUCGUGAAACCAACUGAAACACCUAAGGAGAUACAGCCUAAGUUUGCACCACUCAAGCCGGUGAAGCCAAAAUCGGAUGGUGCGAACACAAAACCUACAAGGCCAGACAAGCCCUCGUUCAAGUCUUUCACUGACCUGGACUCACAAGAGCUCAAACAACAGAUCCAGAGAUUGUCGCCAACUAAGAGCAAUGCAUCUGUGGAACGUGCCUUUGGGGCCCCGAAGCCAAGUCCAUCGUCCUUGAAACCCGUGAAGCCUUCAAAACCUGAGAAGCUCGAGGUUCCAGAAGCGUUGAAUGCGCUUUCAAAGUUGAGACCAGCCAGACCAAUGAAACAUGUCAUUUCAGUGCCACUGAAAGCAGAAGUGGGAAACCAAGGGAAAACUGAAAUCAAGAAAGCGGAGAAAGAAGUCGAAAUCCAAAAACCUAAGCCAUCAAUUCCUGGUGGCAUUCAGACUACAAAGCGGAUUGAGACUCCAACCUCCUCUCAGCCAAAAGACUCGGCUGCCCUCACAUACUCUCAGCCAGAUUUUCGUUCCAAACUCUCUAGUAUCCUUCGUUCAAACACAGAUCCGUCUGCAAACGCUCCAGAGUCUCGUCUUGAGCCUAUUCGAAGAAGUCAAUCUACAAAGGUGUCUACAAAACUUACCCAUCCCAACAAGACAAGAGCAAAAGGUCCAAAACGAAAGUUGCCGAAACAAAUCGGGUCUACUGACUCUACUGACUCUACUGACUCAAUACCAAUCGCAAAUUCCGAUGAGGGGAUAAAAGAGAAACCGAGGUUACCAUCUAGAAAUAUCUCGGUUGGCUCUGAGACUACACUGUUGUAUUUGGACACUACACUGAACAAUUUGAGUGCAUUUGCCAGCACAAAACUGAUGGUUGACGAAAGCCCUAUUACAGUAUCCAAAAAGAAAACUCCUCCAAUCAAACCAAAGAAACCAACAUUGCAGCCAAAACCAAAGAGAAUCAUCUCUGGUGACCUUUUCAUUUAG